GCGGCUGGUCCGUACUCACUGUAUUACCGUGACGCAUGCAUCGUGCCCAUAGAUUGUACGCAGUGUGUUUAGCUUUUCAUUUCCCUGUUCAACAAAGACUUGUCGGGGGUCACGCUACAACAGUUUAUGUUGGCGAUAAGAUUUUGAACGUAACAUUGCCUCAAAGAUAAUUAUUAACAUGUUUGCAAGAGACUGAUUUGGAAGAUUUGGUGGUUCCAGUUAUGCUUCUCUCCGAGACACAUUAGCUCUAGUCUCCAGAAGACAAAUCCUCAGCUGACACACCACAACGAUCGUCAACAGAGUUUGCAUGGUGAACUUGCGUCAAAGGGAAGCAACCGCUUUCUGAAGAUGACAAUCUGGAGAUUCUGAUUUCAUCACUUGAAGUUGCUGUCAAACGAAUCCUGUUCAAUGUGUAAACUCUGACGAAGGCAGUUCGCAUUUCAAGUGUUUGUUCAAAGAUCAGUUCAUUGAACUAUUUGUAAGCGUGUAUAAGCCUCGUAGGAUUGUGUUUUUCGUCAACAUGUGUUAGUCUGUUUACACAGUAUCCACGAAACUAUGGAGUCGCAGACGUUGUCUUCAAGUGUGGAUGAAACUGGCCAUCGGUAUUGGGUCAGUUUCUCGAACUCGGCCUUCGCGAAAGGGUCAACAUCUCACGCCCAUAAAGGAAUUCUGAAUGGAAUGGGACCUAGGUCUGGCGAAAAGGCCAUAGUGAAGGCAUUUAGGAACGAACCAGGGACCCAAAGCAGGUGUGAUACCGAAAUAGCUAAGUCCGUGAAGGCUGAAGAACUUGCAAAGGUUUUCAACCGGAAAUUCUCCGAAAACAACCUUAACGUCACAUUUGCAGAACCUUUGAAAGCUCUGAUGGAUCAAAUAGCUUUGAUGGAUGUGUUUUCCUUCAGUCGGAGGAGACUCAGUGGUCGAGAGUGGGUGCUUAUCGAGCAGAACAUGGGGAAGAGGUUCCAAGUGUUUGUGAAACGCUAUGGUGAGGUUAGCAAGACCAUACACCCGAUGCUGCCUGCGUUUAUGCAUUUUAGUUACCACCAUACUGGAGGUGAUUUAUUGGUUUGUGGACUCAAAGGAGCGGCUGAUGAAAUUGGCUGGACAUUAAAGAUCCCCACCAUUCAUUCUGUUAAACAGGAGUACGGCUUAUCGGACUGUGGCGAGAGUGGGAUGCUACAGGUGUUUAGCAGACACGAGUGCAACUACAUUUGCCAAGGGAUGCAGUUACCAAACUUGGCUCAAAGAACAAAUCUUGGUGAUAUGAGUCCACGACUGGAACGUAACCGAAGCUCACCGAUUCCUAUGUUCCAGAGGCAACCAAGCGCACCUUUUGACCCGGAAGUGUUCUGUGACCCACUGUCUCCCAUGAUGCAGGGGUAUCUUCCUUCACCCCCUCCUUACUUCCAGGAACCGUUUGGAAACAUGGGGCACACAUUGUUUUAUUUGAGGGAUUCGGGGACGUUCGGUAGCUGUGAUGAUGAAACAUUCUUCAAGAAAUAACAUUUCGCCAAUACAUCCAUUACGAACACAUGAUUUGUAUGUACUUUGUGGAUUGUAUGACCUACCAGCGACGAAGAACCGUACGGUUCCAUUGAAAGAGUUUUAUCAAAAUGCUUUGUUCUUUUAUCUUGUACAGCACCCAUAUUGUUAAGAUCAACAUAGACCCACGCCGAAAAAACGUAAUGUGUGGAUCAUGGACGUGUACUAACGUGGACCUCUUAACGCUUUACAUAUCAUGUACAUACAAGAUGUUUUUGAAGCAGUGGUUAACUGACCUAUAUUCUACAUUGUGGUCGCAUACAAGAUCUUUGUUAUAAAAAUAUAUGAAACAUAUGCAUCAUUAUAUAAAACUUUUGAAAACAA